UGUCUGUGAUGCGCGCGAAAGAAAUGCAUUCGGAAUUAUAGUAGUGGUCGUUGUCGAGCAUUCGGCGUCUCUUUUUAUUAUAGCCGUAUCAGCACACUGACAUAUAUUGGUAUCCUAGUAGGUAAUUCAUUCAAGAGUUAUUUGGAAAUAUUUACCGUAAUAAUCAUAUGAAAUGAGCUUGUGGGCGGACAAGUAUCGACCUAAAUGUCUUUCGAAGUUGGAUUACCAUAAGCGUCAGGCAGAUGACAUAAGAAAGUUGGUGAAAAAUGGGGACUUUCCCCACCUUCUGGUUUAUGGACCAUCCGGAGCAGGAAAGAAGACCAGGAUAAUGUGUUUGCUUCGUGAACUUUAUGGUGCUGGCGUGGAGCGCUUAAGAAUUGAAAAGCAUCAUUUUACAACUCCUUCAAAUAAGAAAAUAGAACUCGCUGCCCUUGCUAGCAACUAUCAUAUUGAAGUUAAUCCAAGCGAUGCAGGAAUAAACGAUAGAGUUGUCAUCCAGGAGUUGAUAAAAACUGUUGCUCAGUCGAACCAAUUAGAGGUUACUGCUCAGCGAAAAUUCAAGGUUAUAAUCUUGACCGAAGUCGACAGACUGACAAGAGAUGCUCAACAUGCACUACGUAGGACAAUGGAAAAGUACAUGUCAACAUGCCGUCUCAUUCUCUAUUGUAAUUCUACAAGCAGGGUUAUACCAGCUUUAAGAAGUAGAUGUUUAUGUAUCAGAGUUUCUGCGCCAACAGAAUUAGAAAUUGUUUCAAUUAUUCAAUAUGCCUGCAAAAAAGAAGGACUAACUAUACCAGUGGAACUUGCUAACAAAAUUGCAUCUUUGUCUAAAAGAAAUCUACGUCGGGCACUGCUAAUGGCAGAAACAUGUCGUGUACGACAAUAUCCAUUCUCUCCUAAUCAAGAAGUUAUGGAACCUGACUGGGAAAUAUAUUUGAGAGAAACUGCAAAUGCAAUAGUAUCUGAACAAAGUCCGCAGCGACUUCUUGAAGUUAGACAACGGAUCUAUGAGCUGUUAACAAGAUGCAUUCCACCUGAAAUUAUCAUGAAGGGUCUCUACAACGAACUGGCUAACAACUGUGAUGGUACUUUGAAAACAGAGUUGUCACAAAUUGCUGCUCAGUAUGAACAUCAACUUCGCCUUGGCACAAAAUCGGUUUAUCAUAUAGAGGCCUUCAUUGCAAAGUUCAUGUGUAUUUAUAAGAAGUUCCUAGAAGAUGGUUUGGAUGCGAUGAUAUUCUGAGGAGACCUAUUAAUAAAGCAAUACUGUUAGUUGACUGUUCAACUUGUGAUAUGCUGGAAAGGAGUUCAUUUAUCAAGGGUCAUUUAUCAAAUAGUAGCAGUUAGGCUCUUAACAGUUGCCCUUCAAUAAUGGGUAUGUCAGGCUCAAAGUGGUCGAUUUUUCUCCUGGUUCAGGACUGGGCUUGUUUCAACAAUUCCCCGUUCAGUGUUUUAUAAAAAAUAGGCAUAAAUUGAUGAGACUUGUAUCGGUGUCCAUGUUUCAUUUUGGGAUCUAAAUUUAAUUUAUAUCCUACUUUAUUCUCCGGUCUGGUUUGCAGACUCUGAAUAUGUCAAUCACAAACGACUAUUUUUUUCUUCUUCUGGUGCCAUCUUUUCAAUCUUAAUCGAAAACUUGGUUUGAACAUAUAUUCUGUUUCAUGUCUAUGAAGGUGUAAGUGAGUUUCACUCGGUCCAGUUAGCAGACAGAUUAAAAUAAUUGCUUGAA